GCGUCAUUCUCCUCCUUUCUUCCUCUCAGUGAACGCGCAUCACUUCUUGAGAGACGCGGCGCUCGAGACUCAGAAGUUUCUCGUCCGUUGGCUCGGCUCGGCUCGGCUCGGUUUCUUCGGCACUCUUUCCCGUUUUUUCAUCCCGGUUUCAUUUUUAUCUACACUUCCCUUUUUUUGUUCCCCCCCUCCUCCUCCUCCAGACUCGAGGAUUCAGUCGGGGGGUGUACCGCUAACACAGGGCGUAGCUGGAGAGGAUUCUGUUAGCACGCUGCCGCUUCACAGACUGACCAGACCUACCUGUCUCCAGAGAUCCUGUAGACCUGUGGCCAUCCUGUGAGAUUUAAGUAAACCAGCCCUGCCCCGCAGAGACGGACCACUACCACUCAAGGGGAGAUGAAGCCGGAUGGGGUUACCACGGCAGCGCUGGAGCCAAUGGAAACAUUGGAAUCCAAUCCAAUGAAUGAGGCAGCACCUGCCGCGGGACAGGAACCCAACCAGGCAGCCAGUCCAGUAGAGGGGGGCGGGCCACAGCAGCCUGCUGAAGAGACAGGCCAGGUGGAACCACAGCCAGACAAGGCCAAGGACACCCCGGCUGCCAAGACCAGCAACAAGACUGCAGGAGACCCAAAAGCUAAAACUGCCAACAAGACCACGCCCAAGGCAAAACCUGGUACCAACAACCCAGCCAAGACCACUCCUGGCUCACGGACCAACACACCACAGAGCCGCCUGUCAAAUGGCGUGUCCAAACCUCAGACCAAUGGAGUGCCAAAGAAGACUCCACCUGCAGCAGUCAAAAAGACCACCCCCACUCCCAUAAAAAAACCAACAAGUACAACCACAGCUCCAGCACCUAAGAGCAAAGUGGGUGAGAAGAAAGCCACGGGGGAAGCCCCAGCCACCAAUGGUGCAAAGCCGAUGACCGGAACAACAGCAGCAAAGAGGACACCAUCCACGACCGCUAAUGGUGUCAAAACCGGCAGCACCCAGGCUGCUGCCAAGAAGCCUCCAGCUCCCAAGCUGGCCGCUACAGCUUCCACCAAGCCAAGCUCUUCGGCUUCACCCAAGCCCCCUGUUUCCAAGACAACCAGGCCUGCAGCUGGCUCGUCAGCAUCACCUCGCCCUGCCACAGGCUCAAGCCGCCCACCAACGACCAGUACGAUUAGGAGCUCCGUCUCUACACCCAAACCUGCCGCCCCUAAAACCUCCGCCACUGCUGCGAAGCCUGCUGCCUCCAAAUCAACCUCCACUACCCCCUCUGGUGGCAAACCUCCAGCAUCACUAACAUCUAGAAACACAACUCCCGUCAAAAGAGAUGUCACCAAAUCAGCCGCUUCAGGGGCCAAAAAGCCUGCAGAGUCCCCCCUAUCUCGCCCAUCCCCGGCAUCAAAGUCGGCUAAACCGGAGACUCCCAAAUCGGCAUCGAAAUCAGACGCCGCUGCCAAAAAGCCUACUGCUAGUAAGGCUGCAGACACAAAGACACCAAACCGCCUCAAGACACAAGACGGCAAGCCCACACCAUCCAAGGACGCUUCUAAGACCCCCGCCUCCAAAACCAAGACCUCCAGUCCCAAGAAAACUGUGGGCAGCAGCACUCCAACUCCUGUCAAACGUGGCCCUAAAGCUGCAACCGCAGAAUCAGGAAAAGAAGCUGCCGCUGCUGUCGCUGCUGCUGCAGCUAUUGCUACAGCAGCAGCUGUCAUCGCCAGCCCAGGGGAACCAGAACCUACUGCAGAAGUACCUCUGAAGCAGUCUGCUGAAGAAGCUCCAGAGAUGAUGUUCUGCCAGACCGAAGAAAAAACCAUCAAACCACUCAUUGCACCAGAGUCAGAAACAGUGCAACCAGAACCUAUACAAGAACCGACACCAAUACGUGAACCAACACCAGAACCAGAGAGAGAGAUAUCCCCUCUAGAAUCUCUGUCUCAGCUGUCAGAUGUGGAGGAUAAACUGGUCCCUGAACAAGCCCCUGACAUUCAGCUGCCAGCCCAGAUGGACUUUAAAUUUGAGGACAGUGUCAACAACUCAGUUCAAUCCCUGGGAACUACUGUCAUGUCUCCUCCCUGUUCUCCACCAGGCCCCGUUUCUCCUGUUAGAGAGCCACAGGAUGCCUCCUCUCUGCUGGACAUGCACAUCCAGUCUGAUCCCUGGGACAAGAGCCCAUCCCACGCUGCAGCUGACUUUGCUCCCCAGAGUCUGGUCAAUGUGAUGGAUUUCCAAACAGAAGAGGAACACGAGAGUAGCGAGGACGAGGACAAAGAAGAGAAGGACGACCUGUUGAUGCCCGCCUCCUACACAGCUCCUCCUGCAGAUGCUUUCAGUAUGUUAGCGCAGCCGCAGUCUUUAAGCGCCCCCCUCAUGGACGAUUUCACGUCCAGGGACCUGAUCUCCCCUCAUGAAAAGGAGGAGGCAGUGGAGAAGGCUGAUGAGGAGAUAAAUGAGGACGAUGACGAGGAGGAGGAGGAUGAAGAUGAGGAGCAGAGGAGACUGGGGCAUCAGCCUUCAUCCAUGAUCACUGAGAUGAGCACGUCUCAGCCCUCCGAGGAGUUCCAGGUCCGGUCUUCAGCGUUCGGUGGUUCUGCCGGUUGGCACGGCGACGACCUGCUGUCCGGGAUGGACUCGGAAGACGUGAGCAGCUGCACCAGCAGCCGGCAGCAUGAGAUGUCUGACCUCAGCAGCACCCAGCACACCGCCAUACUGGAGGGCACCCAGAGCUCAGACGCCCUGGUCGACUCGAGCCUCCGCGGCUCAGAGGGAGACGGCAACCUCAUGGGAUCUCCCAACGUGGAAACCCUGGCAAAUGAAGAGGAGGAAGACGAGGACGAGGAGGACGAGAGGGUGGAUGAUAUGGACUUGAGUUCAGAGCGAGUCGAGGAGCAACAGAAAGUGUUUCAGCAGCGGGAUCAGGAAGACGAGGAGGAUGACGAUGUGGAGAUGCACAGUGAGGGGGUGACGGAGAGCUGUGGGAAUGUAGAUGAAGAUGACUUUAAUGAGGAGGAGCGUUUAGACAACCUUAAUCGAUCUGGUCCUCCACCCUGUGUCCCCCCCACCUCCUCCUGGGGACAGACCAACCCUUUCGCUGACACCUGGGCUCAACCAGCCUCUCUGCUGGCUGUGUCCUCCCCCAGCCCAAUUUCUGACCCCGGAGCAGCUGAAUCAGAAACUCCCACCCUGUCUCCUGCUCAGAAAUGUUUGGACAGCAGCGCCCCUUCCUUUGCUCUUCAAACCGAUGAUGAGGUGAAGAGCUCAGAGCCGGAGGAGGAUCAUGUCCUGUUCGAUGCUCCGGCCGUAGGUGUGUCCCAGCCAGGUGCUCUGAGUGGCCCAGCUGCUGCUGCCCACAGCGGCAGUGAGACAAGUACUCCAGAGGAUCUCAGGGACUAUGACAGCAGUUCUGGGGUGGAGUCUCGCUCUGACAAACAGCAGACCCCAGUGCCCGCUCCAGUCCAGCCUGACAUGGAGCAGGACCUUGGUAUUCACCUGGAGAAAGGGGACGGAGAAGAGGAGGAGGCUGAGACACUCCCUGCUGAUGAAGUCCUUGGAACAGGACCUCCGACUGCUCCAGCAUCCGCCCCGUCCUCCCCCUCCACCUCAGGAGACGAGGCCAGCGACACAGAGGGUGAAAUGCAAAUAAAUGAGCCGGACGCACCGGCCAUGAUGGAUGAAAGUGCCGGAUUUGAGAGCCCACCUCCCGCUCGCAGUCUACCUGCUCUCGACGAGGACGAGGAAUCAGCAGACACGGCCGUUGUAGAGGGUGAAGAGGACGGAGGUGGGACCACCCCUCAGUCCGCCAACUCUGUGGCAUCUUACGGCUUCGACUGCACCACAUCCAACUCAAACGCUCACUCGAUGGCUGAGAGCUGCGGGAAGAGUCCGGGGAUCUUCUCCCUGGAGAACGAGGAGCAGCUGCCCGAGGAGGCCAAAGACCCCUCCCUCAUCAAGGAGCUGACCCUGCCAUCAGCUGCUGCUGCUGCCCAGGCAGAGGACCUGCUGGGCAGACCUGUGGACCUGAUGCCUUUUGGCCAUCCGCCCAGUCUCGAUGAGCACCACUACAUGUUCGGGGGAAAGAUUGCAGUAGACCACCUGGAGGAGGUCGAUCCGUUGGAGCCCAGUCGUCACCUUGAGGAAGACGAAUCUGCAGACCCCGGCGACAGCCAGCCUCCGUACUACUCUACCAUAUGUGAUAAGACUGAUAGUUUUCUGGCAGGUAAUGUAUAAGUCCCUCCUAUUACCCCUGGAAUGCACCUUUUCCCCGCAACCCCUCCCCCUUUACCUGUUAUUUGUUUUCUCUCCAGUUGGGUUAGAUGGCUUAGAGAAAAAAAAAGGAGAGCAAGAUUGUCGGAAAAGAUUUUAAAAAAUGAACAAAUGAGAUGGAAAAAAUGACUGUAGCAAUUUUUAAUUGAAGCCUCCCUCUUUCAUACUGUUCUGAGUCGUGGUUACGAGUAUAUGGCUUAAACUCCUUUAUGUACAAUAGUUACUACCAUUUUCUAGUAGAAUGUUCUUUUUAAGUAACACUGCAUAUCCUGUAGCCCCUGAUGGGGUAAUGACUGAUUGGUCCGAUGUGACUGAGCUUUUAAACCAAGAAAAAAAAAAAAAAAAACACACCGAUGGAUUGAAAUGGACUCAUUGUGUAUUUAUCCUACUGUUUUUACCGAACAAAUGUCAAUAAUUUUUUUUUUUGUAUUUGCUUAUUUGUUGUUUUUUUGUUUUUGUUUUUCUGUUGAAACCUGGUCCUCCCUACCCUGUGUACACAAGCUUCAUGUUCAGCAGCACCAUAGCGAUAGUCAAAUGCUCUUUUUUGAAGUUUGUGUUCUUGUUUCAAGACUUUUAGCUAUCAAAAUAAAGGCUAGAUAUUAACACGGCUUUUGGGCCCUGGCAGAUUUGUGGAGGUAGUUAAUGGGAGAAUUAGAUUGCAGUUGGUGAAGUUUUUAAUGUGUGCUUCAAGAGGUUCUUCGCUCUUUGCAUAAGUUGUUCAGGUAUAUAACGUGCAGUCAAGUACAGUAUGUGUUUCAGGCAUUUGGUUUUUAAGUGGCUAAGCUUCAAGCCUCAGUUAGCUGAUCAUCUGUGUUCAAGAACAGACUUAAAAGUAGCCUUUUAUUUGUGAUGACACCCUGCGAUUCCCUCGACACUAUCAGAGCUUUACACUCACUGAAACCUUUUCCUAGUGGGUGUCUGCUUUACUAUUUCAACAGUAUAUUGCAUGUUUAACUAACAUUAAGACUGUGUACUAUCUUGAAUUUGAAACAAUUCUACACUAGACGUGUUCAUAAAUGAAUGGUUCACACUAGGUUAUCUUUCAAAAUUCCAUUAAAACAUCAUUGCAAGGCA